GUCUGAGUUGGAAUUCAGGAAUAUGGCCGGACCACCAUCUGGUGAAAUGCAACCUGGGAAACUUCAUGAAUUCAUUUUCAUACGAAAUGGAGAAAACAAGGGUGGAGCCCCCAAAGGACUAGGAGAAGAAGGAAGUUAAAAGGUGUUAAAUACUGAGGCCAGCUUGCCCUGGUCAGCCUAGAGAUCUGGCUUCCUAGUCAACAUGAAGGCUCUCCUUUUUCUGGGGCUUCUCCUCCUGUCCGUCACCGUCCAGGGCAAGAUCUUUCAAAGAUGUGAGCUGGCCAGAACUCUGAAAAAACUUGGGAUGGAUGGCUUUAAAGGUGUCAGCCUGGCGACCUGGAUGUGUGUGGCCAAAUGGGAAAGUGAUUAUAACACAAGGGCUACAAACUACAAUCCUGGAAGCCGAAGCACUGAUUAUGGGAUAUUUCAGAUUAAUAGCCGUUACUGGUGUAAUGAUGGCAAAACCCCCCGUGCAGAAAAUGCCUGUCAUGUAUCCUGCAGCGAGUUGCUGCAAGAUAACAUCAGUCAAGCUGUAAAAUGUGCAAAGAGGGUUGUCAGUGAUCCACAAGGCAUUAAAGCAUGGGUGGCGUGGAAAACACACUGUCGAAACAAAGAUGUCUCUCAGUAUGUUCGGAACUGUGGAGUGUAACUGUUGGAGUUUUCCUUCUUCAGCUCAUUCUAGGUCUUCUUCCUUUAAGGGAGUAGUGAUUGAGUGAAAGGUCACACUACCAUUCUUUCAAACAAUAACAUUUUUACAGAUGCAGGAGCAAAAUAUGGUCUUUAUUCUAAAAGGCUUGUUUACAAAUGUGUUUAUUAUUUGAUAGUCAUCCUGUAACAUUUUUCGGUUUGCUAAUAGAAAUAAUGCUGGUGAAAGCUUAUCUAAAAUCUUGCCUAUCAAAUACAUCUCCAGUACAUUCAGUUCUUAAAGAAAUAACCCAGACUUAAUCUUUAUUACUCCCCAGUAGUUUAUAAAAAUGUAACAGAAGAUUGUCUUACAACACAUUGAUCAUAGGCAAAAUUCUAGCUUCAUAGGCAUCUGAUGCCUUCAUCUGUUCAGGCAUCUCCAAAAACAGUAAAAACAAAAACAAAAUACACACACACACACACACACACACACACACAGAAAAAUAACAAAAACAAACCAAACCAAAACACUCUGUUGGACAAUAUCAAGUAAAAAUGCUAAAUGACAAAAACGAAAACAGCCUGAAUUAAGGAUUUUGCUUUUCUAAAGUGUCACCUUGGUUUAAAUGUUUUCUCAGAAAUGUUGCUUUCAUACUCCUUUAAAAAUAAAUUAACAAUUUAUGUGUCAAUCUAUUUUAGCCCUUUGAAGAAUUCUUCUGGGCACUUUUCUGAUUAUGAAGGAAUAUAAAGGACUAGAUGAGUUGUUACUGUUCUUUGAUUUUAUUAACUUAAAUUCAUGCAGAAUGAAUAAAUCCUGAAAUAAUUGCUGAUUAACCACAAAUGUGAAAUUAUGCAUGGUAUAAAAAAAUACAAACAUUAUCAUUAAA